AUGCGUCUGGUGAUUUUGAAUGAAGAAAGGCGAUUGCUAUUUGACAGUGAAACCGUUAUACCGGCUCAAUCCCCCGGUAUUCCACCAACUGCCAAGCCAUCGCAAUGUGGACGAUUUAAGCUGCUUCGCCAUCGAUCCGACGUUUCGGCCAUCGGACAGAUGGUAUUCGGUUCGAUGUCGACGAUGAAAUGUGACUCGUUUAAAAUUCAUCAUCUUAGUAGUACAAAACAAUUAAUGGUGAGCCGAGUGAUCUCAGUCCCGAAAUCUGCAAAACCUUUGAGUAGUGAAUGUAAAGUUUUAUUGGAAAGUGUUGGUUGUAUUGAAGCCGAAGGUAACUAUUCGACAAUUCGUUCUUUGGAAGGAAUGCGACAACGAAACCAUCAUAACUCACAUUGUGUGGAACCACCGGAAGGUUUUUCACGAGUACGUAACGCUUCGUUGCAAUUGGAUUCCGAAGAGACGGUUCCACUGGAAUCGUUAAGGGCAUUCUCACCGAAUCGUUUAUCAAGAUAUCGUCGAUUACAACUAUCGCAGCGUGGUAAUUUAUGUGAUGAAAAUAACUCUGGCCGAUGGAGUAGUCGAAGUCGUUUGAGUAGUUGUAGUUCAGCGAAUGAUGAAGAUACAAGACAAUAUGCUGUUGGUGUUCUUUUCAGAGAGGAUGAACGUCAAUUCUUACUGCAGCAUAUUCCUUUGAUCGAAUUCGAAAUGCUGAAGCUUGAAACGCAAAUUGUAAAAGCGUCUUUGUCGAGAACUCACUUCCUUCAUCUUGUCUAUCAGGGAUGGUCGAAACUGGUGAAUGCAAUGUGCGUUAUUCACAAUACACCCAGGUUACGUGCACCCGUAUGGCUGAGUCUGAUGGACGAGAAAUUGUAUGCAUCAACAGCCAAUAAAUUUUGUUCUACGUUAUCGAAGUUAAUCUCUGAACAUGACCAUAAAACAAACGGAUUUUUUGUAUCAACGCUGUUAUCAUCGCUGUUAAUGAAUCAUUUGGCAUGGGUGGCGAGUGUUGCUUCAACAGAUCAGUGUGCUGACCUCGAGCGAUCGUUGCUUCUCGGCACGAAUGAAUACUCGGACAUCUACCAUCAUCCCUACAAUGCGCACCUAGCACAGUACAUGGAAAUAAGCGGAAGUGUGGGCAGUGCAGCACGUCUGGCCAGAACAGUGAUAAUGGGUGAUGAUAUGCUACUUGUCACACAACUGCUCUACGUCCUUUCCUACUUUGUUCGAUGCUCAAUAAUUCAUCCGAACUUACGCUUAGCUGGAAAAUGGUCAUCGCAACCUCAGUUGAAGUGUUUUUCGCCAUCUUCUUGUCAAAAACUCUCCAAAGAGCAACCACCACUCACGAAUGUAAUCGAAACCAAACCGAUAUUCUCGGAUGCGAAAUCAGCACAUUCAAAUGGUGAUGAAAACGGUUCGUCGUCGUGCGGUGAAUCAAUGGAUCUUGAGGAAGAGGAGGGUAGAUGUGUUUUGCAUGAGGAUGAAACAGCAGAGGAUGACUGGAAUCUACAAAUGGAGCAAACACUGGAGAAGUGCUCGUUUUUCGAUUCAACUCUGGCUCGAUCGCUUCUGGCCGGACCGUGUGAAUCGUAUUGUUCACAUUUCGUUUUGUCUGGUCUAAAACGUUCGAAUAUUAAUUUCACUGAGACAUUAUCAUCGAUGAUCGAUCAUGUGAAAAACGGUGAAUCGGAAUUGUUUUGUGCAUCUUCUCCGGAAUCGUCAAGUUCAUCGACUGCUUCUGAUACGGCACUCUUCAGUCCAACGGUCAUUGUUUUCGCUGACACGAACAACUACACUGUUAAAGUGAUCUCAGGAGACGAAUGUAAUGUGCAAGAAAAUGUAAUGGUUGCACCAUGCGAGGCAAUCGUAGCCAUGCUAGAACAGUUCAAUGAUCUCUAUCGUAUCGGAGCAGCACCAUCCUUUUUGAUAUCGUUUCUUGAGGAUUCACUCGGUGACAUUUUAGCUAAGUCAUUCUCAUUAGUUGAAAUGUUAGGUGCUGAUUUCGGUCAGCAACAACAACAACAGCAACAGCAACAAAGGAAUACUCCGCAUGUAUCCUCAUCACAUCGUUUCAGCAGAUCAUCCUCCUAUCACGCCACUCACAAACUUUCUUCAUCGACCAUUUCGGCUGAACGAGUUGCAAAUGUAAUCGGUUGUGACUAUUCAGAUCUGCGACUAAUCGCCAACGUCGCAGCCGUUUACUUUCCACCCGUUUUGCAACUUCUCAUUUGA